GAAUGCCUGGUUGUGGCUUUAAAUAGUCACGUAUGAAACCAAGCAAAAUGUCACUUGACUUCCUCUUUCAGCUCACUUUGAAGAAGCAACAGCGGAUUGUGCAGCUUUCUGUUCCGCAGAGCACAAAUGGACCGCAGUACUCAAGGCGGGAAAGCGUUCGGCAUCCUUAAGUCUCACCAAGAAGACAAACUUAAAUCCAUCAAUGAGGCUUUUCUGUCCGAUGAGCAGUAUGCAAAAGUGGAAGACCUGGCUGUAAAGCUGGACAUAUUUAAAAAAAAAUACAUGGAGUUUGAUCUGAAUGACAAAGGCGACAUCGACAUGAUGGGGUUAAAACGGAUGCUGGAGAAACUGGGAGUGGCUAAGACUCACAUGGAGCUGAAGAAAAUGAUGUCAGAAGUGUGUGGAGGAACGUCCAAGGAAACUUUCAGCUAUGAGGAUUUCCUUGCUAUGAUGCUGGGGGAAAGAAAUGCCAUUCUAAAACUGAUCCUCAUGUUUGAAGGCAUGAGUAAGCAGGAGGAGAGAAAACAUGUUGGACCACCUUCUGCUAAAACCUUCUCAGAACUACCCUGAAGAUAUUUAAUGUCUACAUGAAAACCCCCUUGCUAAUUUAUCACAGAAUUGUCACUUUUCUAUGGAACUUCUGUGAAUGUUUUGAAGUCCAAUGUACAAUACAGUGGAGGCUUCAAAAUCCAAA